AUGUUAAUAUUAGAGGCUGCAAUUUCUACAGGUAGUGUUGUUGGUAGGACUAGUUCAGUUAGGACAGCAAAUUCUCAUCUUGGUUGUUGCGGAUACGGUGAAUUCGGAGGUGAUUUGGCUUUGGUUGAAAACAUUCCUGAUCCAAAAGUAGAAGUUGGAGGAGAUGGUGUGGAGAAAGUUAUUAUUGUUAAGCUUGGAAAGUAUAGGAAUGUUGCUGGUGGAGGGGAAGGAAGUAGCAGCAACAAUGUGGAUAACAGAAGGUGUUUUUCAAUGGGAUCAUUUGCUUAUAUUAUGGAUGAAACUUCAUCAUUGCAGGUACCAAUUAGAACUCCAAUGAAGCAGCAGUUGAGUAAGAAGAAGAAGAAUGUUUUGCCUUUGAUUCCAGGUCACAGGAUUGCAAUGUCAGAAUGUGAUUGUGAAUCUAGAAGAGAUUUCAAAUUUGCAAGCUUUUAUUCAGCUAGAGCUGAGGAUGUUGUUAAAGGUAUUACUAGUGAGGGUGCUGGUAUUGGAAGGAGAAGAAAGGAGAGUUUUUCUAUAUCAAAGAUUAGGCUCAGAGGGAAAAAAGAUAAGAAAAAUGGUGAUGUGGCUGAUUCAUCUAGAAGGGCUGUUUCAUUCAGGUUUCCAUUACAAAGCAAUGUUGGUAGUGGUAAUGAUGAUUUGAAGGGUAAGAAUGGCAUGUUUCAUACAAGGAGUACUGUUUCUGAAACAAAAAAGUAG